AUGCAGGAGGCGCACCAGGCCGACGCCUAUCUGUUUCUGGGCGACUUCAACAUGCGCGACGUCGAGAAGGAGAACAACGAGCGGCUCGACGCGAACUACGUCGAUCUGUGGCAGGCGGUGCACGGACCUAUCGAGCCCGGCCACAGCGACGGCUUCACCUUCGAUCUCGCUCGCAACCCAACCGCGCGCCAGAUCUCGGAGCGAGUGACCGCCAUCAAGCGCACCACGGGGUACAGCAGCCGCUUCGACCGGAUCUACUUUCGAUCUUCCGCGCCGGUGACUGCUGCGUAUAGGCCGCCGGAGAUGAACAGCGCGGGCUGGGAAGUAACGGACAUGAAGAUGAUCGGGACUGAGCCCAUCUUCUCAACCCCUGACGGCCAGUCGGUGUUUCCCUCCGACCACUUUGGCUUGGCGACUACUCUACGACACAACUCGACAAGUUGA